AUGGCGGGCGCUGGUGGUGAUGGUGGGCUAGAGGCCUCGCUACGGUAUUGGCAGCUGCGAAGGCUGUCUCCAGAUGUCCAGCAGUUGGAGCGCAAUCUGAAGCAGUUUGGAAGCCCACAAUCUGCGCCGCAGCGCAGUCUGGUAGCCAGUUAUGACUUUAUUGACAUGGCACAGGCUGUGUGCAAGCAAGCAAAGCCUGUGCUGUCGGUGCAGGCAAAACUUGUGCAUCGCUACGGCUUGAUUGCCCGAGAGCAUCGCAUUCCAAUCGCGGAUACCCGGGCGCAGCAGCGCAGUUUGCAGCGCGAUCGCCUGCUGGAUAGCAUGACGCACGAGCCUCUGGCCUUGAACAUGUACGUAUGUGACGCGGGGGACUUGUUGCGCGAGCUCGUGGCCGUCAUCAACCCCAACUACUUGCCCGGCGGUCGCCGCACGGCAGCCACCCUCGACCAGGUCCCAGAAGCGGCUGAUUCAGCUAGUUUGCAGCGAGAGCAGGCAUAUGCCAGCGAGGCGCGCCAGCAUAGCCAACGGGCCAAGCUGGCGUCCGAAGCGCUCAAAGAAUCCACGCCUCCGGUGGCUCGUGAUCAACACGAAAAGCUACGCUCCUCUCUGCAGGCGCAAGCCGAGGCUGAGCGCCGCGAAGCUCUGGCCGCAGCCUCUCGCUCGGCUGAAGCGGCCAACCAAGCUGCCGCACUCCAGCUCGUGCAAGCACCGACGGCGUGGAUUCGCCAUGGCCUGUUGGCCGCAUCGCUGCCACAGGGCAUGAUUAAAGUCGUCUUUGCCGUCCCUAGUGUAGCCGACCUACGUCGCGCCUUUGCGCAACUGCACCCCACCACCGUGCAGGUGGGCAUUGAGGAUCAGUGGCAGAAUCCACAACACACCACCUUUGUAGCACAUCGGGCAGCUGAUACAGAGGAUAUUCUUGACCGCCAGGAUCUCGCCGCUCUGAUAGAUCAGUGUCGCAGUGGUUGUCUGCCCGACCUUCGAGCCCGCAUUUGGAUGCACGCUCUCUGCUUUGACCAGCUCUCGGACUUUGCCGUGCGAUACAAUGAGCUUUGGUCUGGGCUUGCUCAGUAUUCGACCCUGAGCGAGCGCCUCGCCAUAGCCGAGAGUCGGUUCCUGUGUAAUCUCAGUGAUGUUUACUUUAUAUUCCAGGAUCAAGUCUCCGAACUGCUGGUGGCUUUCCUGCAUGACAAGGAUAUCUGUCGCGUACUCAACUUGGACAAGCUGCCAACGUCCCAGGUGUUGGAGGCUGACGUAUCACCGGCGGUUGACGGCAGAGAUGUGCCUUGUAGUGGCAUUGUUCUGAUGCGCGGCAUGUCUCUGCUCGUGGCACCCCUGGCUUAUUUAUCCCACGACAUGGCGCGUGCUUACGCCCUCCAUCGUCAGCUUUACUGCCGCUACUGGCAUCGUCUACUCACCAUCAACGGGGCACCAGAUGGGAUUCUGGCGCUCUGCAACCUCUUUGAAACGCUGAUGCAACGGCAUCAACCCGAGCUGUGGAACCAUCUGCUGGUUCUGCUGGUGUGGGAUCGCAUCAUCGGGUUCGAUUCGUUACGGCCCUUGGCGUUACUCGCCGUCGCCAUCUUUGCCUAUCGUGCCUCCGUUCUGCUGCGGGCGGGGACCAGAGAUGAAGUGGACGCCAUGUUGAUGGAUCUAUCUGGGGUGGAGGCCAUUGUAUUGUUGCAAACGCUGAUUUUCGUCUAG